UCUUUUUCCUUGGGACAAGAGCAUUAUUAGGCUACUCAGGGUCUUACUCAUUUUGCUUACUUCAGUUUUUACUGAAAGUCUGGAUUUUUAUGGAAGAUUGAUAGCUCCUUGGGUCCUCUUGUCUUGUUUUAUGGGCUGAGAAUGUUUUUAUUUCCAUUUUUAACUUUUUGGGUGUUAUUUAUUGUGGGUUGAAUGAGUUGUUUGAGAUCUUUUCUAAUUGAAUAUUCAUGUGAUAGGUUUGUAGUAGGCUUGUAGUUUAUAAGCUCACCUCAGAUGUUCUGAUUGGAAGUUGUCCCAAGUGAGCAAAAGGACAAAACUGUUUCCUAACCGAGCAUUUACAUUGUUAAUUCUCGAAGAUUUCUCCUUAUCCCUCCGACUCGCUCCUUUUGUUAGUUUUGCUUUCCUGUGAUUAUUGCUGCAGAGCAUCAGGAGCAAGAAAUCUGGGAAAAACAGAUCUUAAUCUCGUAGAUACGGUCUACCUCUACCAUAUUAUACCGAAAUACAAUGUUCUUACAUAACCAGUUUCAAAGCAAUAUCGAGGAAAUGUUAUUUAGUUAAUUUCACUCAAUUUGAAACUAGGAGGACACCGUGGCAUGAUUUUGAUAGGCUUGGCGUUUUCUUUCUGUCUAGGAUCUGCAUUUGGCUACUUGCGAAAUCAAUCUCACUGAAAAAGCAUCUCCUUGUAGGAUCCCUGCAUCCUGACUAGUCGAAUUAGGAGUUGCUUUUCUGUUAACUACUCAGUAAAAGUCCCCAGUUUCUUUCUUUCUUUUCCUUUUUGGGGAGAAAUUCCAUGUUGUAAAGAUUACCAGCUGUCCCAAGCUAAGUUGAAUCUUGAGCAACGUGUUUACUACAGAAUGUCCAAAUGCUUCAUCUGCGCAGUUCUCAGUUUUCGAGAGUGAUGGUCAAGCUCGGGCCUGUAUUUUCAGUAAGACACUUGCUUGUGCUUUCUCUUGCUAUCAAUGUGAGCUUAAUGCUCACAGUUAUUCGAGAGAGGGUGAAGGUGGAGGAGAUCCUUAACAUGUUCUCCACGAAGCUGCAGCUGGCAACAGUAUCGCCGUCUACUGGAGAUGGAGAGACAACAGACAAUGGGGAAGCUAUUAUCAACCUCGAUCACGGUGACCCCACGAUGUACGAAAAAUAUUGGCAACGGAUGGGAGACAAAACUACGGUAGUGAUCUCGGGGUGGCAGUUUACCAGUUAUUUCUCAGAUCCCAAGAAUCUCUGCUGGUUCUUGGAACCUGAGCUUGCCGAGGAGGUUGUUCGGCUACACAGAGUGGUGGGUAAUGCAAUCACCAAGGAUUACCACAUUGUGGUCGGAACAGGCUCUUCACAGCUCUUUCAGGCUGCCCUCUAUGCGCUCUCUUCUGAUGCCUCCGAACCUAUGAGCGUUGUUUCCGCUGCUCCUUAUUAUUCUUCCUACCCUGUAAUCACCGACUGUCUCAAGUCUGGGCUGUACAAGUGGGAGGGAGAUGCUCAGGCUUUCGAUAAAUCGGGGCCCUACAUUGAGCUUGUAACCUCUCCGAACAACCCGGAUGGCUUCGUAAGGCAAUCGGUGGUUAAUCGAAGCGGAGGUAUACUGGUCCACGAUUUGGCUUACUACUGGCCACAGUAUACUCCGAUUACAACCCCCGCAGAUCACGACCUAAUGCUCUUCACUGUCUCAAAGACCACGGGCCAUGCUGGGAUGCGGAUUGGAUGGGCUCUUGUGAAGGACGAGAUUAUUGCAAGAAAGAUUGUCAAGUACAUUGAGCUCAGCACCAUAGGUGUGUCCAAGGAUUCACAGCUCCGUGCAGCAAAGGUUCUCAGAGCCGUUUCUGACAGCUGUGGAGUGGCCCACCCUUUCAAAGAGGAAACCUUCUUUGGUUUUAGCCAUCACAGCAUGGAAUCAAGGUGGAUGUUACUGAGAGAGGCUGUCAACAGGAGUGGGAUUUUCAGCUUGCCCGAGUUCACCCCUGGGUUUUGCAACUUCUGGAAUCGGGUUUUCGAGCCUCUCCCCGCUUUCGCGUGGCUGAAGUGCGGAGAUGGGAUAGAAGACUGCGAGAGCUUUCUGAGAGGGCAUAAGAUUUGGACGAGGAGUGGGAGGUAUUUUGGGGUUAGCCCCUCGUAUGUGAGAAUUAGCAUGUUGGAUCGUGAUCGGACUUUUAACCUCUUUGUAAAGAGGUUAUCACGGAUCCGUUCACAGCGAAGAAUGAGACUUGAACACGUAGACUGAUAGAUUCUAAGCUAGGUGGAGGCAGUGUCAUAAGCAUGAGCAUAUUCUUGUACAUGUAACCCAUUAAAUUAGUUGAUGACCAUUUUUUCCCGUUUAUGAGGGAGGAAUAGGCAAACAUGAUUCUUCUGUACAUGUAAUUCGAGGAAGGAAGUGGAUAUGACCACUCAUCGAGUCUUAUCCCUUCAGAUCA